UACGCAGUAGCUUCGUCACAUGAGACCGAUCAGGCUUUCCGAACGCCCGGUCGGAAUCUCGGCCUCGUUGGAGAUCUUCGGGCGCGUGAUAACACGCGCCGUCGUCAUUGGCAACGGCGUCGCCGGCGCCGAAAAUCAAUGCAUCGGUCUUGUUCGCGCUCUCGGCCUCUCUGGUCGCCAAUCCCUUUACCGUGUAAGAAGGCCGAGAGGAGGAAUCAACGAGUGGCUUCACUGGCUUCCGGUUUCUCUGCAAAAGAAAUUGGAGCUCUUCUUCUCUCGAAUUCAAAUCCCAGUCAAACAGAAAAAAGUUUUUCCCAUUUCAGCUGACGAAAAUGGCCUAUCGGAUAUUCUGGAAGCUGAUGCGAAGCGCAUUGCAAACAUGGCUCGCGAAACUUUUGAUAAAGAGGGUCCAUUGCUGGUGAUUGCAUCUGGGAGGGACACAAUCUCUGUUUCGAGCUCCAUAAAGCGUUUAGCUCCAGAAAACGUAUUUGUUGUGCAGAUUUUUCAGAUUCAACAUCCCAGGUCAGAAUUGAAUAGGUUUGAUUUGGUUAUAACUCCUCGCCAUGAUUAUUACCCGUUGACACCUGAUGGACAGAAGCAAAUUCCUUGGUUUUUGCGGAGGUGGAUUACUCCUUGUGAACCCCCCGGUAGAAAUGUGGUUCUCACCAUAGGGGCUCUUCAUCAAGCUGAUUCUGUGGCACUCAGGCGUGCUGCUUUUGCCUGGCAUGAUGAGUUGGCACCACUUCCCAAACCUUUGCUUGUGGUUAAUAUCGGAGGCCCUUCAAGCAACUGUCAGUAUGGCGUGGAUCUUGCUAAGCAGUUAGCAACUAUGCUACAAAAGGUUAUUUGGAGCUGUGGAAGUGUGAGAAUAUCAUUCUCCAGACGAACUCCCAAGAAGGUGUCCCAAAUUUUAGUGAGAGAAUUAAGUAUAGAUCCAAAAGUGUUCAUUUGGGAUGGUGAAGGUCUAAAUCCACACUUGGGGCAUCUAGCUUGGGCCGAUGCCUUUGUCAUCACAGCUGAUUCAGUCAGUAUGCUGAGCGAGGCUUGCAGUACAGGCAAGCCUGUUUAUGUGAUUGGUGCUGAACGGUGUACCUGGAAGUUCGCAGACUUCCAGAAGUCUUUGCAGGAACGAGGAGUGGCUCGACCAUUAACCGGUAAAGAGGAUAUGUCCGAGAGAUGGAGCUAUCUUCCACUUAAUGACACCGCAGAAGCCGCUCUUCGUGUAAAUUUGGCACUUGCUGAGCGUGGAUGGUGUAUACGUACAUAGUGGGCAAACAAAGUUUUGUUGAUACGCUUAUAAAGUGCUAGGAGAAGUAGUUCACCCAGUUUUGUCCAAUUUUUCUUAAGAUGUCAUCUUUUCUCUUCCCUUAUUUCCCCUCUUCGGGUUUUCCGUAGAUCGUCUUUUGACACCAUUUUAGGCAUUUGUUAUUUUGUUUGAGAGUAAAACACGAGCAGUGCGGCCAUUGCAUUUACUUGAUAGAUAAGUUUCCCCCCUUUUGGAUCACAAACAAAGAGAGAAAAUUGUUCAAUCGCUUGAGACAUUAUUCGUUAAUACACAUUGGAGCUGUAAGGCUCGAAUUAGGACUUCUUUAUGGAAUAACAAACUGUCUUAUCUUA